GUCUUCAUUGCAAUAAAUUUACAUGAGCGUGGAGACACAGCCAUUGAGGGGCGCCUGUAUUCGAAAAUUUGGGCCGCUCUGAGUCCGACGCCGGCCGUCGCCCGGUCACGUGACCGUCUGAGCAGACACCCGGUCACGUGGGGCCCACUGGUGACGUCACACCACCGCCGGAAGUGGUGGCUUCCGGUGUGAGCGUCUGCGGCGGCCCCGCGUCCGACGACUGCUGGCCGCCCGGCCGGCGUGCGAACCCCUUCCGCCGCCUCCUGCCAUGGAUUCGGCGGCGCCGUCCGGCCGCUCACAGCCCGACCCAUUCGUCACAGUGGUGAAUAUAAGUCAAAGUCAGCUGGCGCCGGCGCCGCAGGCGUUCUACCAGAACCCGCAGUACCACAGCGUGCUGGAGGGCCGCAAACUGAGCGUCCAGGUGCCCAAUGAGAGCAGCGAGGAGGGCGUCACCUUUGUCACCGUGCUGGACGUGAGGGAUGGUGGUGAGGAGGGCUCUCCUUCAGCGCCCGGUACGGAGAGAGUCGCGGUGACUACUGACAGCUUCACAGACCUGGCGGUGAGUCCGGUCUCAGAUAAGGCUGCAGGGAUGGAUGUGAAACACACCAAACUGGCCGCUGAUGAGACACCGUCUGCUGUGGUGUCGUCCCACACCACCGAGCUGGUGACGCUGUACCGGCUGCCCGGCGAGCGGCUGGGGCUCGGUCUCAAGUUCCGCGGCGGUGAGAGUGCCGAAGAGGCCGUGCAGGGUGUGUCGGUUCAGUCCUGUGCCGAAGGCAGUCCGUCAGCACGCGCCUCGUGCAGCUGGGGUAGGCUGCAGCCGGGGGACCGGAUCACGGCGAUUGCCGGCCGGCCGGUGACGGCUCUCACCCGGCUGCAGUGCGUGCAGCUGCUGCAGGACACCCCUCUAGCCGUGGAGCUGCGCGUCAGACACCUGGGCAGGCGGGAGACGCUGGUCAGCCAGGACAGCGGCAUCUCGCUCGGAGGGGACACCCUGCGCGUGUCUCCGGCGAGGGAGGUCGGCGCUCGGGAUAAAUCCCCGACGGGGAGGAGGGAGAGACGGGCCGCCGCCGCGCCGGCCGCGCCGCUCGUCGCCACUGACGCGCUGUCGGCGCAGGAGGCGUGGCUGCAGACGGCGCUGGAGUCUGACGGCAGCUCAUGCAGCAGCCGGAGCAGCACCUCCACGGUGGUGGAGCGGGGGGCCGGCCGGCUGCCCCCUCCGCCGGCGCCGCAGCUCGACCUGGCCUCGGCGCUGCGCCAGUUCGAGCGACUGGAACGUGAGCUGAGCAUGGAUAGUGUGUUCGCGACGGGUGGUGGCGACGAGGAGGGCAGCGUGAGCCCCCUGCCGCCUCCAGAGGUGUUUCAGGACAGACCGAAGCUCGCAGAGGACUCUGAGAUCGAGGACGAGGAGGAGAGGAACGAGACGAGGACGAUCAGCCGAGAGCCGUCCUCGCCAGCUGAGGAGGACGAGGGUUUCCAUGACUCAGGCGGGAGUGGCGGAGCCAGUCCUCCGGCUAGUCACCGCCGGCUCAGCGAUGGGUCUGGAGAGGAGGGAGAGGCUCAGACUGACGACUGUCCUCUGGAGGACGGGACGCUGGAGACUGAGGAAAUAACGCAGUCUGAUGAGGAGCAGGAGUCACCGCCAGGGGAGAGGGUUACUCUGUCGAAGAUGUCGAUAAUGACUGAGCCAGACAGAGAGGGCUCUGAGGAAGAAUCAGGAGCACGUGUUGAAAGGUUAUCAACAUCCGCGUGUGAUGUUUCUGAUGAAGAUGAUGAAUCCAAUCAAGAGACAACAGAGAAAGCAGAUGAAAUCUGCACCGAUGAGACUGAGGCGGCUGAACAAACGGACACAGCUGUUGAAGUGGCGACAGACUCACCCGAUUCCUCAGCCAUCGUUUUGAAAGAGACAGAAUCCCCUGUGCAAUCUGACCAGUCCAGCCCGGAGACGGCCGUCUCGCCGGAGACGGCGGAAAGCACCGAUGAAAGCGCCACGGACGCGGCCCUGUCGGACGAGGGCCCCUCGGAGGGAGUUCUGGCCAACUACGUGCCGACGCCGAUGCCCAGGAAACGCGCUAUGGUGCUGGUCCCGGCCGAAAGUGACGACGACUCUGUGGAGGGCGACAGCGGCGCCACCGCUGACACCGAGACGCCCGCAGCGACACCUGUCGAGCCGAAACACAACCAGCCGGGCCCCAAAUACGACCAGGGCUCGAUGUCGUUCGAGGUCAGCUCGUCGGUGGAGCGCCGGCGAAAGGCGUCUGCCCAAGACGAGCUCAGCCCGCUCGGAGGUCGCCAUUGGAGCGGCGGCGGCGACACGGACCCAGAGCGGCCGGCCAGCAGCGAGGACUCGGACUGGGAGCGGCCCAGGGGGGCGCCGAGCGCCGGCCGCUGCCGGGACAGCAGUCCCGAGAGCCCGCCGCCGCCGUCGGGCGCCCGUCAGCCGCCCGACGGACACGAGUUCCCACCCGACUUUGCCGAGCGGCGGCCGAGCAGUGCCACGCCGUCCACGACUCCGGCGCUGCUGCGGCCGCCGUCCAGGUACAGCGAUAGAGGCGCGUCGCCGACGGCUGAGAAGGCCGACAGCCCGUCGGUCGCGGAGAACAGUCGAGGACUGAGCACUGCCACCCGCGGCAGGAACCACCGGUCGGGAUCGCUCGGAGGGGCCACCUCCAGGAUUGGUGAGAGUGAGCUGAGUUCCAGUUUGCUCAGGCGGGCGACGGCCCGGGAACGGCAGAGUAUGGACGACCUGCAGAGGACAGGGGGGAGAUCCCUGCUCGGAGGAAGGAGUCCUCGGGGCCAGACGAGCGUCAAAGACAAAAUUGCGCUCUUUUCGAGCCAGUCUGUGGAGCAGCUUUCCCAGCCACAUCCGAAGCUUCUUAAACACAAAAGCUUGGAAAACGACUUGCCAACACGCGGUCCUCUUCGUUCCCAGGCUCGAUCGAAGUCAGACCUCAAACUGUCGGAGACAGAGUCUGCGAGAAGCCGCCCUGGAGAUGUCCUCGCGAGGAGGAAGCGAAUCGCGGAGGGACGCGGACCCCGUUUUGGCAGCAUGCUCAACAUGCAUCUCGGUGAACGAAGAGAAAGCGACAGCCGAGUACCUAGUGGAGACACCAAACCCGGUGACCGAUUUAAACCAAACGAUGAGAGCCCGGUGACUCCCCAGCGCAGCCGGCCUCCGCUGGGCCAGAGACCUCUGCGGGGAGCCUCUGAGUGCGGCACCCUGAGCUCGUUACACUCGGACUCUGUGACCAGCCUCUCAGAGCGACCCAGUCGGUACCGAGAGGUUUCGCCCGGACCCCUCUCCGAGCGCUCACAGAGCCUGCUCGACCUGGGACAGCCGGAGAAGAGGCAUAGCUUCGCCGGCCUACAGGAGAGGGAGUUCAGCUACUCCGGUCACUCAAGCAGCCUCACGAGAAAAGUGUCUCUGAACUCGAUCACUGAAGAGCGAAAGCGGAGUCUGUCUCGGCUUCGCGGGCUGGUGAUUCCGGACAAGGUGGAUGGCUUGGCGAAGAAGGGCCCGGUCGACCUACCGACCAUCAAGAGUAAGGCGCUCUCCUCGCUCAGUUCGUCUAGCUUCCGCGUCUCGGGCACUGCAUCUGCUGCGGUAUCACCAAGACCGACGGCGACCCCGAGAUCGGAGAAAGUCGAUCAUCAGCUCUCCUCUCCGCCCUGGAAGUCAGAGUCUCCAAACAUGCAGAAAUACUCGCCAGCCUUCAAACGGAAGAACAUCUCGGUGCUUUCGUCAUCUGGUUCUUCAGGCUCGGCGUUCCAUUUGGUGUCGACUUCCUCGCAGCUGGGUGGCUCCUCGGUCGAACUGUCGCGCCCCUCUCGCCGGGACCUGGCUCGGACCUCGCCCCUCCCUCGCGACCCUCGCUCCGCCGACCGGCGCAGUGAGCCGCGCACCACACGGCCGCGUCUGGCAGACAGCUCGGAGCCGCUGCAGCGCAGCAGCUCGCUCAACUCUCGCCCGCUGAGCGCCCUCGGACAGCUGCGCCGCAAGAUCUCCGACGACGACGCGGCGGACCUCCGCAGUCGUCUGGAGCCAGCCGACUCGGACUGUGGCGGGUCCACGCUGACGCUGGUCAACGAGCCGGCGGACAGCGAGGAGCCGGAGCUGGCCGGCCGCGGCCGCGCCGGCAGCCUCGAGUUCGACCACCGCGCCAGCACGUCCACCCUGCACGGAUCGCCAGUCAAGGAACUGGAUGUGGAGGAGGAACUGCUGCGCGCUGCAGAGAGGUUCCACAGCCGCUCCGGCGACGCGGAGCAGCAGGCGCGGCUGUCGGCCGCCGCCGGGUCACCCUCGCCGCCCCGACUGCUCGACGACGACGCCUGGAGGAAGUUCGCCGGGGAGCGGCGGCCGAGCGCUCCGCCGCCCGGUUGCGAGACCCGCGACCUGGCUAAGCUCCGACAGGUGACCAAGGUGACGUCGCUGAAGCAAAAGUGGCAGCAGCUCAACGCCGACAGCCAGGGGACGGAGACGACUUCACCGAGGACAGCAUCUACUCGCUCAGAAGAUGUGGCAGAGUCGCCUGCUUCCUCUGUGCGGUCCCCUCCGUCUUCAAUCUCUCCCCUGCCUUCGUCACUCAGCAUUCCAUCCUCUGUUGACACCAGCGAGACCACUGAGGUCAGUAGCUCUUCUGUUGAUGUCACCGACUCUCCAGCCGAAGUCACCACCAGCUCUCUGAACGACAUCACUGAUUCCCCGUUGGACGUCACUGACGCCCCAGCUGACGUAUCCUCUCCGGCACUAGACAGCGAGUGGCCCUCUCUCCAGGACCGCUCCGGGCUGGACCGUAAGCUGAGUACGCCCAGCUACAGUUCGCCGGAUCUGCAGCUGCGCGAAAAGAAAGACUCGGUGCCCUCUCGUCCCCACAGCUGGAUGGAGAGCGAGCGGGAGCUGGGCGGCUACCUACGCUCGCCGAGCGUGGCUUCCAGCCAGGAGAACAUCAUGGACUCGCUGGAGAGCGCCAAGUCGCCCAGCGGCUCGACCAGCAGCCUCCUGGAGAUGCUGACCGCCAACCUGAAGAGCACGGCCCGCUCGCGGCACGCGCUCAGUGUCAGUGACCUGCGGCGAGCGUUCGAGCGCUGGGACGGCCGGCCGCACUCUGGCAACUCGGGACACACGCGCAUGUCGUCGCUGGAUUCCAGCGCCAGCGAGGACGGCCACCUGACCGGCGGCUCGACGGCGUCACCGACCACGGCCAGGGAUCACUACGGCAGCAUCACGUCGCUGGCCUCAUCCACCAGCCUCAUCUCGCCUCAUGAGCUUCAGCAGCUGAUUGACGAGGCCAACCAGUCGCUGGAGGAGUCCGGCACGCCUUCUCACGAGAUUAUCGUGGCCGUCAUCCACCGAGAGAUGAUGGGAGGCAGCAUCGGCGUCACGCUGGCCGGAGGCGCCGACUACGAGAACAAGGAAAUUUCGGUGAACAAGGUGAUCACCGGCUCGGUGGCUGACCGCGAUGGACGGAUCAAGAAGGGAGACCGCGUCAUCUCCAUCAACGGCAGGUCGUCCAAGGGCAUGUCCCACCGAGAAGCUCUCAACACGCUCAAGGCGCCGCGCGCAGAGGUCGUCCUGGUACUGUCCAGGUCACGCUCGGUGACUCCGCACGAUCCGAACUCAGAGGAUCAGCGGCCCUCCAUCAGCACCAUGUACAGCCGGCCGCCAAAGAUCCUCGAGAGCCCCAUGGACAGCAAGAGCCUAGCCUCCGAGCUGGCGCAGGAGGACGAGUUCCGGGGUCCUCCGGUGACCAUUUCGCUGAAGAAGGAGGGCGCCGGCCUUGGCUUCAGCCUUCAGGGUGGCAAGGACUCGCCUCUGGGAGACCGACCGCUGGUGGCCAAAAAGAUAUUCACAGGCGGGGCUGCCGACAAGAGCGGCCUUCUACACGUGCGAGACCAGAUCCUGGCGAUCAACGAUCAGGACAUCACGCACAUGGCGCGUAUCGAGGCCUGGAACCUGCUGAAGAAGCAGCCGGACGGCCUGGUGCGCCUCACCAUCCGCAAGUGGCUGCCGAACGGGCCCGUCUCCGGGGCUGACGCCGCCACCCAGCCCCCCGCGGGGCCGGCGGCUGACGUUCCCACCUCUCCAGAGUCGACGCAGGAAGCACGGCCAGCGCCGGCGACCGGCGUGGCCCGGCCCACGGCCCUGCCGGCGGCCGGCCGCGCCGAUACCCGGCCCGUCAUAGCCGGGGUGACACCGAAGGCGGCGCCGCUGGGGACGCCCGCCGUGGUCCUGCCACAGGCCUAGCGCCAUCUGUGAUCGCGGAGCGACCGCCCGCGCUCCGACCGUGAUCGAUUGUGACCUACCCGGAACGUGAAACUCGGUAACCCAAUGAUGUCUCACAGGCCGAUCGGUUAGUCGUGCAGCCGGCACGAUCCGUGAUCCGUGCUCCCGUGCCGACGCUUCCAUCAGUCUGUGUCCGUUCGUGCCUUGAUCGUGACAGAACCGUGAUUGUAAACGCUCAGACGAGUCUCGUUCCGUCUUCCUAGCCGUGAGUUCCGUGAGUUGGACUCAGUGAGUAGGUUCCCGUUUCCCGGAACCGCAGCUCAUGUUUCGUGCAAUGGGUGUGCUGAUGUUAGCUAGUGCCGUGUAAUGUGUAAUGUAUGUGUGCCUGUGUCACGUGCGAGGAGCACGCUUCUACCCCACUGAUAAUUUAUACUAAUACAGCGUUUGUAAUGUAAUGCACUUUGACCAGUAA